AUGUCAAGACCAAGAACCGCCAACGUGCGACCCAUGACGUCAGCCGGUGCGCAAGCCGCCUCUGCUCGUCCCGUCACUUCCGGGGGCAGACAAGGUGCCGUGCAGCCCAGCGAGCCAGAAGAGAGUCAGGGCAAACGCUCUUCGUGUGGCAGCACCGACACUGGUAGCGACUCUGAGAGUUCCGCAUACCAGCCACCUGAAGAAGACGAGGACGAUGAUGUCUUUGCGUUCGCACCUCCUGGACUUGGAGCGCCUACAGUGAGAGUGGUGCCUGCGUGUCCAGAUAUGCCGAUUCCGCCCCCCGCAGCCAUGACUGCUCCAGGCAGGCCUGAGUCCUUCGCAGCUCAAGCAGCAGCCCGGGAGAGCGUCUACUACUUUGAUCAGCAGAGCGGCAGCGUCUACGAUGCGCGUGGCAAUCUCGUACAGGCCGCCGAUCCAAACGCCCCAGCCUUGCCGAACCUGCCCCACCAGCAAGGCUCUGCGAUCGGCACGGCACACCAGGAUGGCUCGUGCCAACCUCUGCAGCGCUCGACCUCGAUCAAGUGGCAUCCCUCGAUCAGCGACGGCAGCAAUUUGACACGUCGUUUCGAGCAAGACUCCAAAGACUUCGACAGUCCGGAUUCGCCCCGCCAGUCAUGGAACAACUCGAUCCACUGGAACAGCCAGCCAGAAAGCAAUGUGCCCACUUCCGACAGCGCCGACCUCCUUCGUCACAAUCCUCGGCCUUCGUUCUCGCGCGCGGUGGAGUUGGAGCUCGAAGAAGAGGACGACUCGCCCUAUCCGGAAGUGCGCGCGUCCGUGUCAAACGUGGACGAUCCGACGAUGCCCUCGAUCACGUUUCGCUCGGUGCUGCUCGGUCUAGGCCUGUCCGCCUUUUCUUCGGCCGUCAACACUUUUCUAUCGCAGAGAAAUCCGCCGAUCCAGAUCUUUGCCAUCGUCAUCCAGAUCCUCGUGCAUCCGUUGGGCACGGUGCUUGCCAACAUCCUGCCCAUCCGCUCGUUCCAGCUCAACCUGCCGCGAUUGCGCAGUAGUAAAUCAUCCAAGGGCAGGAGAAAAGCUUGGACUUGGUCGUUCAAUCCGGGACCGUGGAACAUCAAGGAGCAUACGGUGGUGCUCAUAUCGGCCACCACGGGACUCAAUCCGUCCUACUCGCUCUCGAUCCUCUUGGCGCAGGAUUUGACGCGCUUCUGGGACGAUCCACGCUCGUUCCUGUAUGGAUUUCUGUCGGUGUGCGCACCGCAGCUGAUCGGACUCGCGCUCGCCGGGUUCGUCCGGCCGGUGCUUGUGGAUCCCGCAUCAAUGCUAUGGCCCCAAAACUUGGCCGUGUCGACGGUGCUCAACACACUGCAUGCCGGCGAGGAGCCGUCGUCGGGAGGUCGGACGCUCUCGCGCCUGCGCUUCUUCCAGAUCGCUUCGCUGCUGGCAUUCGUCUUUUACUUUUUGCCCGGCUACCUCUUUACGGCGCUGUCGAUCUUCAACUGGGUCUGCUGGAUCUGGCCCGACAAUGUGCCCGUCAACGUGGUGUUUGGCGUGUCGGGAGGGCUCGGGGCGAGCUUUCUGACGUUCGACUGGACGCAGAUCGUCUACCUCGGCUCGCCAUUGAUCACUCCGUGGUGGGCGCAGGCGAAUCUUUUCGGCGGCUUUGUGCUGGGCAUUUGGAUCGCGGCGCCUCUGUUGUACUGGACCAAUUCGCUGCAUACCUCGUUCAUGCCGCUCCUGUCCGGCAGCAGCUUCGACCGGUUCGGACAGCACUACAACGUGUCGAGGGUGUCGCCGGAUCACAAGACACUGCAUGCAGACGCCUACGCCGCCUACUCGCAGGUGUACAUCUCGGCAGGACUGGUGGUGGCCUACUUUGGUGGAUUCGCACUGAUCACAGCGGCGGUGGUUCACACGACGUUGUACCACGGCAGGUUUGUCCUGGAACGUCUGCGCUCUCGCAUGGCCGUGUCGGACGACGUCCAUGCGCGGUUGAUACGCAAAUAUCCGAGCGUUCCCGUGCUUUGGUACGUCGUGCUGCUGAUCAUUGGACUCGGCAUGGCGAUUGUGCUCACGGCGGCCUACGACACGGGAUUGCCCAUUUGGGCACUCAUGCUGGCCAUCCUCAUCCCCGUGGCUUACCUGCUGCCCUUUGGCUUGAUCUUUGCGAUCAGCAGCCUGCCUGCCGGAACGAAUCUGGUGGCGGAAUUGCUGGCAUCGUGGCUGUUGCCGGGCAAGCCGCUGCCGGUGAUGAUGUUCAAGACGGUCAGCCAGCAGACGACGACGUUCAGCCUGCUGUUUGCGCAAGAUCAGAAGCUGGGCAACUAUAUGAAGAUCGGGCCUCGGUCGGUGUUUUUGGUGCAGAUCACCUCGAUCAUCGUCAGCAGCGCGGUGCAGAUUGUAACCAAGGACUUUCUGCGCAGCCGCAUCAAGGACCUGUGCGAUCCCAACCAGGCGCAGCGCUUCACAUGCCCGACGGUCAACAUCUUUUUCACCGCCUCGGUCAUCUGGGGUGCCAUCGGUGUCGAGCGCAGCUUCGGCAAGUCUUCGGCGUACCACUGGCUGUUUUACGGGCUGGUGGUCGGAGCGGUGGUGCCGGUGCUCACGUGGUACCUGGCGCGAAGGUACAAGUGGCGCCCAAUGCAGUUGGUAUCCGCGCCCAUCAUCUUUGUCGGUAUGAGCCUGGCGCCGCCCGCAUCCGGGAUCAACUUUACUUCGGCGAUCCUUGUGGGCUGGUUCUUUGGAUACUGGAUGCGCAAGUACCGCGUCGAAUGGUGGUCACGGUACAACUUUGUGCUCGCUGGCGCGCUCGACUUUGGCACCAUCAUGUCGUCGAUCUUGAUCUACAUUUUGCUCGAGAUGCCCAAGAACGGCUCGCUGGAGCUGCAGUGGUGGGGCAACGAGGUGUACGUGGCCACCGCCGAUGUGCAGAGCACGCCACUUCUGCUGGCGCCCGAGACCGGGUUUGCGCCACCACCUGGCGCCAUGUGA